AUGCUCCCCAGACUAUUGACAAUUUCUCUCCUUUUUUGCGGCACCCUCGCCGUCCCGCUCGAAGUUUACACUGAGAAGCGUCAAAGCUGCCCGGGCGUCCAUGUUUUUGGCGCACGCGAGACCACCGCAUCUCCAGGCUACGGUUCAUCUAGUACGGUCGUCAACAGCGUUCUCAAUGCCUAUUCAGGCUCCACGGCUGAAGCCAUCAGUUACCCGGCAUGCGGUGGACAGUCCUCGUGUGGCAGUGUGAGCUACUCCAGCUCAGUCGCUCAGGGUAUUGCAGCUGUUGCCUCAGCCGUCAAUUCUUUUAAUUCCCGUUGCCCAGAGACAAAGCUCGUUUUGGUUGGCUAUUCCCAAGGCGGUGAAAUCAUGGAUGCUGCUCUGUGCGGUGGGGGUGACCCUAACCAAGGCUACACCAACACAGCGGUUCCGUUGUCGUCGUCCGCGGUACAAAUGGUAAAGGCGGCCAUCUUCAUGGGUGAUCCACUUUUUAGAGCGGGUUUAUCAUAUGAAGUUGGUACUUGCGCCGCUGGCGGGUUUGAUGAACGACCAGUUGGCUUUACCUGCCCAUCUGCAAGCAAAAUACAGUCGUACUGUGACGCCUCAGAUCCAUACUGCUGCAAUGGCAGCAACGCCCAAACCCACCAGGGCUACGGAGCUGAAUACGGUGCGCAGGCCUUGGCAUUCAUCAAGAGCAAGCUGUCCACUUCCUAG